GUGUAUCACAGAGGAUGGGCACGGAAAAAGUACUUUAUGGCGCCCUCGAUUCUCUUAUCCAUUUCCCUCCCCCAGACCUCGACAAGGCCGCUACAACGAGUAAAGCAGAAGCCAUGGCACGAAUCCCCGGCGAAAUAGCACCUCCAAAGAAGAAGAAGAAACGAACCAGUCCAAAAGAAUCUGAAACGGGGAAUGGACCUUCAUCCGACUUGACAAAUAUCUCAACUCUCCCUCCUUCCUCUGAAUACACAAACAACCUCCAAAGGGAGUUUGAAAUCCUGACACUCCGGGUCAAUAAACUCACAGCUCAACUCGACGCUGCUGCCCAAUCCAAGUCGAGACGCACCCCCAAACGCACCCUGAAGCGCCAAUCGGAGCCUUGCGAAUGCCAAGUGUGCGGAGACGAAUUUUUCGAAUGCCCCAAUGCCAGCCAGAAAUGCUCACACCCACGGAUGACCUGCCGCCCAUGUCUCUCCCAAUGGAUCCAUAAAUCCCUGGAGGAUUCUGCUGGCCAAGUCAACGUACGCUGCCCGGACGCAGACUGCAACCGAGUCCUCGCCUUCACCGACGUCAAGAAAUUCGCGGACCCGGAAGAUUUCGAGCGAUACGACCAGCUGCAAACGAGGGCCGCCCUCAACGACCUCCCGAAUUUCGUCUGGUGCAUUGGGCCGCACUGCGACAGCGGACAAAUCUACGAUGGCUCGGAAUUUGCCACGAUUUUCACCUGUGCUGCGUGCGAAUAUCGAGCCUGCACUUCAGAUGUACACCAUCCUGAUGCGCCGCCAGAGCAGGCGGGAAUGGAGUUGCGAAGUGGCCGGGCGAUUGGUUCGAAGGGAGGAAAUAUCCGGCUCAUUCCAUGGCACACCGGCGAGACAUGCGAAGAUUACGAAGAGCGCAUCAACUACGACCCCGUGGAGGAGAGGCGGAGGGAAGAGGAGGCGCAAUCCGCAUUGGAGAUUGCACGGGUGAGCAAACGGUGCCCGAAUCAGCGGUGCGGCUGGAACAUUCAGAAGCGCGAUGGCUGCGAUCAUAUGACGUGCAGGAUGUGUUCGUAUGAAUUUUGCUGGAUCUGCUUGGCGGACUGGAGGGCCAACCGAGAACCAAGGGGAUAUGGUCAUAUAUGCCCCACUCAUCGACCUAAUAAUAACGGCCGGUAAAUGGACGCUGGUUCUAGCGGCAUUGAGACGUGCAAUUGGUCGUGGAAUAGUGUUUACCUUCUGUGUAGUUUUGGUACUGGAACUGGAAGGGUUGAGACUGGUGGCACUGAUGCUGGUGGUCUUGGUGCCGGAUUCGGUGGUACUAGCGUUAGUACAGGAGGCGCUGGCACUGGAACCAUUGUCACCGGAGGAAGUGGCUUUGGCCCCAUUGGUACUCCCGUUGGUGCUGGAGCAGUUGGUACUGGAGCCUUUAGUAAUGGAGGGGGAGGAACAGGUUCCAUUUUGGCACCAUCCAUGUCAUCA